AUGAGUUACAUGCUUGGGCAUUUACAUAAUGGAUGGCAAGUAGACCAAGCUAUUUUGUCAGAAGAAGACAGAGUUGUGGUCAUACGUUUUGGUCAUGACUGGGACCCAACCUGCAUGAAGAUGGAUGAAGUGUUGUACAGUAUUGCAGAGAAAGUGAAAAAUUUCGCUGUCAUAUACUUGGUGGACAUCACAGAAGUUCCUGAUUUUAACAAAAUGUAUGAGCUGUAUGAUCCAUGCACGGUGAUGUUUUUCUUCCGCAAUAAGCACAUAAUGAUUGACUUGGGCACGGGCAACAACAACAAAAUCAACUGGCCUCUGGAGGACAAGCAGGAGAUGAUUGACAUUAUAGAGACAGUGUACCGCGGAGCACGUAAGGGCCGUGGUCUUGUUGUCUCGCCCAAAGACUACUCUACAAAAUACAGAUAUUAA